UCCCCUAGUGUCUGGGCAAACUGCUCGCAUAAAAUUACAGCCUCACUCACAGUUAGUUGUAAGCUAAAUACGAUCGAAGAAACACGUUGAAAGAUGCUGUCGUUGCGCGUUUGCACAGUUUUGCUAGCGCUCGUUUGUGUCGUCACAGCAAUACACCAGGUGAAACAGCAGGGCAGCAAAUACAAGAUCGAGAAAAUAACGGACAUCACGCUAAAGAAUGCCUUAGAAAGCAUCCGUUCGUCUGCGUGGAACGUGAAGGAGCUGGAUUUGAGCGGUAAUCUGCUGUCGAAGAUAAGCGCCAAUGAUUUGGCACCGUUUACAAACCUGGAACUGCUGAAUGUGUCGUCGAACGUAGUGUACGAGACAUGGUCAGCAGGCUUGAGAGUGGCAAUACCACGCUCACCGCACGCACCACCAACAAACCACGCAUCAUCGAGUCGCGGUGUAUUGAAAAGUACGAACACGAGCCGGCCAUCACCAUCAACAGUCAGACGACGGUGGAAGGCACUCCGCCGGCCGUCAGUGACCGAAAGUCACCCAGUGCAGAACCUGUCACCGUCAACAAUCACAUCAACGUAGCCGUGCAUCCGAUCACAACCAAUGGCGUCGUUCCGCAGCCACCACCGAUCCCAGGUCCGCUAGUAAUACCACCGCUACUAAGGGGAGGGCCAGCAAAGUCGUUGCCCGUCUGCGAGGUAGCAACAG